AUGUUGUAUUCUCCAACCAAGAGGAAACCAGAUACCGAUCCACCUUCUUACGGUGUUAACAACUCCCUCAACCAACAAGCAAGCUCCUUGAACCCAACAGUUUUCACACAAGAGAUCCCCACUCAACAAUCCCAGACUCGGUUUAUGCCAACUCCACGGCCACAUGUGCCAGGCCCAUCAAUGUAUGAUCAACUAAUGGGUACCAACAUACCACAACCAUCAAGAGCUACACAUGGACCUAUUAUCAGAGGGCCUGCAGCUUUCACUGGAGAAAGACCAUUAUUCUCUGCAGGAAGUAGCAUAACAUCAGUCUCUGCAGCUUCAGUAGUGGUGGUUGACCAGGGCAAGAAAUUCAUGGUUUUGGAUUUUGUUGGUAAUAGAUGGUUGGCAAUAGCAGUAAGCCUGGGAUAA